AUGUCUACGCGUCAAACCCGGAGACAGGCCGCCCAGGCCGCUCAGUCUGGAUCUCCCGCGCCCGCUGUCGAAAUUCAAGAUCCCAUCGCUAUCAAGGCCAAUGGUGCAGCGAUGAACGGCAAUGGCUCCGCUCACGCCGGUCCGGCUCUCUCGGAACACGCGGAAAAGGAGAACAUCUUCCUUUUCUGGCCUAAUAUCAUUGGCUACUUCCGAAUUGUCCUUGCCGUCGCAUCUCUCUACUACAUGCCCUUGCACCCGCGCACGUGCUGCCUCCUAUACUCGAUAUCCUGCCUCCUUGAUGCCCUCGACGGGUACGCCGCGCGGUGGUUCGAACAAUCGACCCGCUUCGGUGCUAUCCUUGACAUGGGCCUCAUCUCUCUCGACCUCGCCAGUCAUUAUAUGCACAUGUACGCGAGCCUAGUUGUUGGUGGCUCCAAUAGCAGCCACAAGAACAUCGACAAGUCGCAGAGCAAGAUUCUCAACUUGUACUACACGAACAGGACCGUUUUGUUCAUCUUCUGCACCUUCAACGAGCUCUUCUUCAUUGCCCUUUACCUCCUCUCGUUCUCCUCGCCUCUUCUCUCGCCUUCUCUCCUCAGGUCUGUCGGGGACGACAAGGUUGCCGCCGACAUCCACGCCGGAGCCCAGGUCAACUCGUCCCUUCUCAACCAGAUCUUCCCCGAUCCCUACAGCGCUGCCGCGCUAGAGUUUGCCCGUGCCAACAAGAUGGAUUCCACGAUUCCAUGGAUCCUCGCGGGCAUCAGCUUCCCCAUCAUGGCGGGCAAGCAGAUUAUCAACGUGGUGCAGCUCGUGAAGGCGAGUAAGUGGCUGGCCGAGGUCGAUGUCGAACACAGGCGGGCCCAGGGCUUGCCAAGGAAGCCCAAGACCGCGUAA